AAAGCCCGUUGCUGACUCACUCUCCUGCUUCAGCCCAGCCCUGGAAGUUUCUCUCUGCCAGGCAAAACCUUCGUGAGAGGAGAGCAAAGAUGAAAGUCUCUGCUCCUCUCGCUCUUGUCUUGGCUCUGACUCUGAGCAGUGACUGUGUAAGGAAGCACCACAAAUCUGGGGCAGGAAGAGGCUCAAAACAUGGGCUCACUCCCUCACAAGUGUUUACGGAGGAUGGAAAUCUAUGCAAAUUUCCUUUCCGGUACGGUGGAAGGUUUUAUCACUCAUGUUUAUCGAAUCUACUUUCCCGAAAGAAAUGGUGUUCAACAACACAUAACUAUGACCGGGACAGGAGAUGGGGACACUGUGUUUUGUUGUCUGAAGACCACUCAGAUCACUGUGCAAACAACCCUUGCCAAAACGGAGGGACCUGUUCUCUUGCUCAUGGCUACAGGAUGUACCACUGUACCUGUCCCGAGGAAUUCACGGGCCAGAACUGUCAGAUGAAGAAAUGUUUUGACGACAGUCUCUACGAGUUCUUUGAUGUGGGCGUGAGCUGGUCAAGAGUCCAACAAGGAGCUGUGGAGCAGUGCACGUGUGUGAACGGCCAGACCGAGUGCGAGCGUGUCGAAUACAGAAGUUGUGUUCAUGACCCUUGCCUGAAUGGUGGAGAAUGUAAAAUGGUUACCUUCAGUGGGAAAAUAGUAUGUGAUUGCAAAGGAAAUUAUGCAGGAAAGUAUUGCAAUAUUGCUCCUAGCCACCGGUGCUAUGUUGGGAAUGGCAUGGAGUACAGAGGUACGGCAAAGACAACCAUUUCUGGACACAGCUGCUUGCCCUGGCAUUCAGACUUGCUUUACAAAGAGCUUCAUGUCGACAGCGUGGAGAAAGCAGUACAGCUCGGCCUGGGGCCCUUCUCUUACUGCAGAAAUCCAGAUGAUGAUGAGAAGCCAUGGUGUUACAUCAUGAAGGACGACAGCUUGUCUUGGGAGUAUUGUGACAUUCCAUCUUGUGCAAGCAGGGAAAGGAGGCCACCAGUUCCAGACAACACAGAUAGUUCUGCAAUCACCAGGAGACCAUGUGGGAGAAGACACAAAAAAAGAAGUUUUGUGAGACCUAGGAUUGUUGGGGGAUCUUCAUCUCUGCCUGGAUCUCAUCCCUGGACAGCAGCUAUAUAUAUUGGAGAGAGUUUCUGUGGUGGAAGCCUUAUUCAGACUUGCUGGGUUGUGUCAGCAGCACACUGCUUUGCUAACAGUCCACUAAAAUCGACUAUCAGGGUAGUUCUGGGUCAGCAUAUAUUUAAUAAAACAACUGAUGUAACCCAAACAUUUGAAAUAGAGAAAUACAUCUUGCAUCCUCAGUAUUCUGUGUUCAACCCUACUGAACAUGAUAUUGCUCUGAUUAAGCUGAAGAAGAAUGGCCAACGUUGUGCCACCAAGUCCCAGUUUGUUCAGCCCAUCUGCUUGCCAGAAAGCAACACCGUUUUCCCUGAUCAGUUCAAAUGUCAGAUUUCUGGAUGGGGACACAGGCAUGAGAAUCUAACUGGUUAUUCAAAAGUCCUGCAAGAAACAUUGAUUCCAAUUAUUCCUGAGGAGAAGUGCAGAAGCCCUGAAAUUUAUGGAACAGAAAUCACUGAAAAUAUGUUCUGUGCUGGCUACGUCGAUAGCACAUCUGAUGCUUGUCAGGGAGAUUCUGGUGGACCUCUUGCCUGUGAAGAAAAUGAAAUCUCUUACCUCUAUGGAGUUAUCAGCUGGGGAGAUGGCUGUGGCAGAGUCAACAAACCUGGAGUAUACACACGAGUGACAAACUACAUAAACUGGAUUAAUGAGAAAAUAGCCCCCCGAAAAGCUAGUUGAACAUUUAAACAUGUUAACAUUUGAAGCAGAGUUCAGAAGUCUUUCUGUUUCAUUAAAGUGGCAUAUUUUAUUCUAAGUUAGUAUGAAAACUGUCACGGUAAUUCAUAGCAAUUCCAAACCAGACCACAAAAAGUAGGCCUAACCCAUCUGAUGUCAGCAUCCUUGAUCUAGAAUUUUAGGGCUGUGGAUAGCUCAAUGUAUGAGACUGUCUUUAUUUGGCUUAAUAAAGCAAACAUGUCAAGAGAGCGUACCAAAAUCUACAACUGUUUAUCUGCUUGGUGGAUUACAUAAAAAAUUGUCUGCUUUUGUACAGUUUCUGCUGGAGUUUCUGCUGUCAAACCCCAAACCAACCUGUAACAACAUUAUAAAAUCACAGAAUCAUAGAGUGGUUAGAAUUGGAAGGCACCUUCAAGAUCGUUGAGUUCCAACCCCCCAGGAACACCUCCCACUAGACCAGGUUGCUCAAAGCCCCAUCCAGCCUGGUCUUGAAAUUGGCCUUGUAUUCUCAGAUGAGAUAAAAAAACAAGCAGGAGAAGCACCAAAAAAUUAAAUUCCCUGCCCAUCAGAAGUGAUCUCUUGAAGUUCAGGUCGAGAGACACCAAUAGAGCAAUGUAGGUGAAGAUGCUCCUCAGCUAACUGCAACAAACCAGUUCUAGUUUUAAAACACAGAGGGUUUAGAUUUUGAGUCAACCAAACAUGUAAGCGCAUUUUUUUCCACUGACAUAAAAUCAGGAACACACUUCAGAGCUCUGCUGAAUCUAGUGUGCAGUUUUCCACCAAGGUUAAUGCAAAACCUCCUGAGAGCACAAAAUUUCUUGCUGAAAACUGUUGGAAGUCAGUGCAUUUGACUCCCAGCCGAAGCAGUGAGGACCUUUUGCAGACUGUGAACUGCUCCUCAUCCUGAGGGCAGCAGUGGAAAUACUUCACCUUGGUGAUAAAUGCCUAAACAUUUCUUAAAUCUCACAGUGUUUUGAAGCUGUCUUAGAUUUUGUACUAACAAGUUUUUCAACUGUUUAGAUAAUUCAGAAAGGAGGUUUCUUUUGACAGAUUUUUAAACUGGAUGGCUUGGGGAGCGGCUUGACAUUCUCCUUGGGGGUUUGGUGAUAUCAUAAACCACAGGCUUUGCUGUCAUGUUCUAUGGAACUGUUAUGGGAACAAUCAAAGAUUAUUACAAUAUAUAGCUGUGUAGAGGCGGUGGACUCAGCUGUGUAAGCAGAAAAUGAUUCAACAAAAAAUAAUCUGGUCUGAUAAAGAAGAACAGAAAGUUACAUAUAUACAUUUAUUUUUUUUUAAUACAGGGAACCUUUAGCCAUGUCAGAUGUGUACUUUUAUAAGUAUUGAUGUGAAAUGUAUCUCUUCUCUGAUAGCGUAUGUUUUUGAAUUCUCUUAAGUGUUUCAAGCAAAGCUAUACUUUAAGAUACAGAAUUUUAAUGUGGUGCCUGGAUACUUAGAUGUGUGUUUUGUUUUGUAGCACUGGCAGUGUCUUCAUGGGUUUCUUAGCUGUGGUGAAUGAUUUCAGCAGUUAAAAGAAACUUUGUAAGGAAAAAUAACCAAAACAUGAAUUUGUGUAAGUAAAUAUAUAUAACAAUGCUAAUCUAGAUAAAUGAUGUAAACUGUUUAAUAAAAAUGUUUAUCCUCUGUUUCUUGGA